ACUUCCAAUCUCCGCCGUCCAUUCUCAUCAACGCCUUCAGAUUACCAUCGUCCAUUUCCCCUUCUCAGCGUCUCAUUAUUUGACCCCUGAUUGACAAAAACAAAUAUCUCUCUCUCUCUCGUGUUUUUCUCACUUCUUGUCGGAAAGGAAACUCUCUCUCCUCAAUCUCACCGCCGGCGUUGCUUCGGAUCGCCGGUGAUUUUGUUUGAGCUGCUAUCGAUUGUUGAUUUCAACACUUUACCGGAGAUAAAGAGUUUGACUUUUUGUUCUUAGAUUUAGUUUUUGUUUCAACGUUUCGAUGGCUAUAAGAUUAGGUUGGGGAGAUAAAAAGAGUAACUUUUGGUUUGUUGUUGUGAAAUGAAGUGACUUUGAAUAGACAAAUUAGGCGACUUUGUAGGGACACUGUACCGAAACCCUAAGUUCUGGUUUGGCCAUGGAAGUAUCAUAGCACUUUCUCUUGUCUGGGUUUUAUUUGUCUUAAUCUUUUGUAUAACCCUCUUUUUUUUUAAUUUUUAGUGGAAAAUUAGUUUCUUUGAUUAGAUAUUUUUGUGGGUUUUGUGGGGUUUUGUCUGUAAAUCUGAUCAUGGAUUUGAACGGAGAGUGUAAGGGAGGAGGAGGAGAUGGGUUUAUUGACAGAAGCAGAGUUAGGAUUUUGCUUUGUGACAAUGAUCCCAAUAGCUUGGGAGAGGUUUUCACCCUCCUUUCACAGUGUUCUUAUCAAGUGACGUCAGUCAAAUCAGCAAGGCAGGUGAUUGAUGCACUGAAUGCAGAGGGGCCUGACAUCGAUAUAAUACUGGCGGAGAUUGAUCUCCCAAUGGCCAAGGGUAUGAAGAUGCUAAGGUACAUCACACGUGACAAAGAUCUUCGGAGAAUCCCUGUCAUCAUGAUGUCGAGGCAAGACGAGGUCCCUGUGGUGGUAAAGUGCUUGAAGCUAGGUGCAGCUGACUACCUUGUGAAGCCUCUUCGGACCAACGAGCUUCUCAACUUGUGGACACACAUGUGGAGAAGAAGACGCAUGCUAGGACUUGCUGAGAAGAACAUGUUGAGCUAUGAGUUCGAUCUCGUGGGAUCUGACCCAAGUGAUCCAAAUACAAACAGCACCAACCUCUUCUCUGAUGACACAGAUGAGAGAAGUAUUAGGUCCACCAAUCCGCAGAGAGGAAGUCAUCAGGAAAAGGAGGUGAGAUAGUAUUAUGAAAAUCUACAAGUCCUUUCGGCUUGGCUUUAUCCAUCUUAGGACGAAUCUUUAAGCUGAGUGCACGAGGAUCCACCAAUGCAGCCUCUUCUUUCUUCUUCAUGGGUUUGAAAACCUCUGUGACACAAGGAUCAAGCAGCUCGAUGGAGCAACUAAGCGUAACACCGAGUGACAUUGCCUCUUCCCAAAGCUCUCUUCCUUUCUCAAAGUCUCCUCCUUUACAUAGUUUUGGUAUGAGCAGAUCAUAAACCUGACCAUAACCACCCACAGAGCUUCUCUUCAUCUUCUCAAACAGUUGGAGCGCGAAAUUCACCCGCUUCACACCACAAAGAACUCCAAUCAGAUCAUAAUAGAACUUGCGUUCGGGUCUCAGCCCUCUCUCGAUCAUCUCAUCCACCGUUUGGUUGCCUUUACCAAACCUCCCUGUCAAAUACAGAACCCUCACAACGAAGUAAUAGCUAGCUGUAUCGGGUUCACACCCCGAUCUCUUCAUCUGUUCUAGAAUUUGGCAAGACUCUUUCACCCUCCUCGUCCUUCCCAAGCAAGAAAGCAGUAUGUUGUAACUAAGAGACGUAGGUUGGACUUUGUAAGACCUCAUCUCCAACAUAAUGUUCAAAGCCUCAGGGACAAGACCAGAAGGGUUUCGAGUCACGUUUCUUUCGCAUAAGCAUGUAAGCAUUGUGUUGUAACAGAACAGAUCCGGAGCAAUCCCUGCUGAUUUCAUAUCUUGUAUAACUCUUCUUGCCUC